GUAUGAACCAAGCUUCGAAGAGAUACUGUUAAAAAUAUAGUAAAACUUCUCGAAUUAUAAAAUGACUGGUCGUGGUAAAGGUGGAAAAGGAUUGGGAAAGGGAGGUGCCAAGCGUCACAGAAAGGUUCUUCGUGAUAACAUCCAAGGUAUCACCAAACCGGCAAUCCGUCGUCUUGCUCGCCGAGGCGGUGUCAAACGUAUUUCUGGAUUGAUUUAUGAAGAAACUCGUGGCGUCUUGAAGGUUUUUCUGGAAAACGUUAUUCGUGACGCAGUAACGUAUACCGAACACGCUAAGAGGAAAACCGUAACUGCCAUGGACGUCGUUUAUGCUCUGAAACGCCAAGGGCGUACUCUUUAUGGGUUUGGAGGUUAAAUGUUGCGGUAGAUGCAAGUCAUUGCCAUUUUAUGACAAUGUUAAAACGGCCCUUCUCAGGGCCA